GACUUUUAUUUGUUAAAUGAAAUGUUUAUUUAAUGGGAUAAGCUAGACUUAAUGUUGGUUGUCAUUUGAUUAAUUAUAUCAUCAUUUUUGAUUUUGAGAGUUUGGAUGACCUUAAAGGCAUACCCCGUUGACCGGCGCUAUUGAAUGAAACAGCGCCUUACAAGUUACAUAUGCAGGUUGCCCCAAGCCAAGGCUUCUAUAUUUGGUAAUUGCUUACAAGGAGAAUCUAACUUCAUGAUUUUCCCAGCUAAAGCUUGUUUGUGUACAUCAAAUUUAAUACAGAUCAUGAAGACUCAUCUCUAGCCACUUCAAACUGAUCAAAGUUCCAUACUUUCUGUGCCUCAACUAAACCCAGACAAUAUGAACAACCAACUGCCGAGUGAUCCCUUGCUUGCUUUACUCUGUCUUUUCUUUCUUCUCAACGCUCAGGGAUUGAUCCUAACAAAGGUGGAUGCCAAGAGUAAUGUUCACAUUGUUUAUCUGGGAGAAAAGCAGCACGACAAUCCCAAGUUGAUCUCUGAUUCACAUCAUGACUUGCUUGCGACCGUUUUGGGAAGCAAGGAAAAGGCCUCGGAAGCCAUGGUGUACAGUUAUAAACAUGGUUUCUCCGGGUUUGCUGCCAAGCUCACCGACUCUCAGGCUCAAAAGUUUUGGGAGUUGCCUGAUGUUGUUCGAGUGAUACCAAAUAGCCUCCACAGGCUGCAAACAACCAGGAGCUGGGAUUUCCUUGGCCUCUCUUCUCCAUCUCAUUCCAAUCUUCUUCACAAAAGCAAUAUGGGAGAUAAAGUUAUUAUAGGUGUCCUCGACACAGGAAUAUGGCCAGAGUCCAAAUCUUUUGAUGACAAAGGCCUUGGUCCAGCUCCGUCUCGCUGGAAAGGUUCAUGCAAGUCUGGGAAGAAAUUCAAUGCCACGGCACACUGCAACAGAAAAAUCAUAGGCGCUAGUUGGUACCUGGAGGGACUUGUUGCAGAGUAUGGUCAGCCCCUUAACACAUCUGGAGACAAUGAAUACUUAUCCCCAAGAGAUGCAAAUGGCCAUGGAACCCACACAGCAAGCACUGCAGCCGGUUCAUUUGUGGGCAAUAUUAGCUACAAAGGCCUUGGUGGUGGGACUCUUAGAGGGGGUGCGCCCAAAGCUCGCCUGGCCAUAUAUAAGGUUUGCUGGGAUGUUUUUGGAGGCGAAUGUGCUGCUGCUGAUAUACUCAAGGCCUUUGAUGAAGCAAUCCAUGAUGGUGUGGAUGUGUUGUCACUGUCUAUUGGGAAUUCAAUUCCUCUGUUUUCAGAUGUGGAUGAGCGCGAUGGCAUCGCCACCGGUUCCUUUCAUGCUGUGGCAAAGGGCAUUACUGUUGUUUGUGGAGCGGCAAAUGAUGGGCCUCAAGCUCAAACUGUGCAGAACACGGCCCCUUGGAUAUUGACUGUUGCAGCAAGCACUAUCGAUCGGGCAUUUCCCACUCCAAUAACUCUCGGAAACAAUAUAACUUUACUGGGCCAAGCAUUUUUUACUGGGAAACAGAUUGGUUUCACAGGCUUGGUAUGCCUAGACUCCAAAAGGCCGGAUCCUACUGUGACAGGUCAAUGUGAAGCCCUUACAAGUGAUGAUUCGAGGCUAGGUGGGAAUGUGGUGCUUUGCUUCACCUCAGAGAGUCGCAGAAAUGCAGUGACAAGCGCUUCAUCUGUUGUGAAAGAAGCAGGUGGUGUUGGGCUAAUCAUAGCGAAGCAUCCAAGGGAUGUCUUGUAUCCAUGUGAUGAUGGCUUCCCCUGUGUUGAAGUUGACUAUGAGCUUGGCACCCGAAUUCUCUUUUACAUCCGAUCUACCAGAUCUCCUCUUGUAAAGUUGAGCCCUUCUAAGACAAUUGUAGGCAAGCCUGUAUCAGCCAAAGUUGCCACUUUUUCAUCGAGGGGACCGAACUCCAUUGCACCGGCAAUUCUUAAGCCCGAUAUAACUGCUCCUGGCGUGAACAUAUUAGCUGCUACUUCUCCAUUGAAUUCAUUGGCAGAUAAUGGAUAUGCCAUGUUCUCAGGAACUUCCAUGUCAACUCCUCACGUCUCAGGCAUUGUAGCACUCUUAAAAGCGCUGCAUCCUGACUUGUCCCCAGCUGCUAUUAAAUCAGCUCUUGUCACAACUGCAUGGAGGAAUGGUCCAUACAGUUUGCCAAUUUUUGCAGAAGGGUCUCCCCAAAAGUUGGCUGAUCCAUUCGACUUUGGAGGUGGUUUUGUAAACCCAAAUUCGGCAGCGGACCCUGGUCUAGUUUAUGACAUGGAAACAGCUGACUAUGUGCAUUAUCUUUGUGCCAUGGGAUAUAACAACUCUGCUAUUUCUCGGCUUACAGGCAAACCAACAACAUGUCCACUUAAGAAACCUUCCAUUCUGGAUGUCAACCUACCUUCGAUUACCAUACCAAGCAUUAGAAGUUCCACCACAGUCACCCGGACCGUCACCAAUGUUGGAGCCCCUAACUCCAUUUAUACACCUAUAAUUGAUCCUCCCUCUGGAAUAAUGGUGUCAGUGAAGCCUGAUGUCUUGAUCUUCAACUCUGAAGUUAAGAAGAUCUCGUUCAAGGUUAUAGUAUCUACAAACCACAGAAUGAAUACGGGGUAUUAUUUUGGAAGCCUAACUUGGACAGAUAGGGUGCAUGCUGUGAGAAUUCCUCUGUCUGUGAGGACAGAGAUAUUACAACCUUAUGCGGAUGAAUACUGAUCAAAGCUAAUGCAUAUAAGUUAGUUUGUCUUAGUUUUUAAAACAUGUUCAUUUGUUUUUGGCCUCAUAGAUAUUAUCUUAUCUACUGAAAAUAGAUAUUCUAUCCCUCA